AUUUUUCCUCUGGCGAUUAAUCUUACCCUAAUUUGUGUUUCAAAGACUCACUUAUGAAUUGUCUGCACAUCCCGGAUUCUAAUAAUUUUAUUGGAUGAUCUAUUAAAUCCCUAAUCGUAAGGAAAGCGGCCUACUCGAAACAUACACUCCAAAUUAUAAAGUACACAUCAGAGAUCGUCUCUUCGCCCAAAGAAAGUAAACAUCACAUUACGAAAGAAAAUGAGACGAACAAUGAGACGGAGCAAGAGUAUUACUGCGUGAAGGAAGUCACAAGAAAACAGAAACUCAACGUGGAAGGAAUUGCCAUAACGAGUGCGGAUCAUUUUCGUGAGCCCUCAAAGUUUAUUCAACAUUCCGUACAGAAGAUUAGCAUUGAAAAGUGUAACAGAUGGUACAAUUACUCACAGCAAAUUAAAUUGUCACGAUGAGAUGUCUUAUAGACUGAAGUAUACCUGUCCGUACAAGAUAAACACUAAGGACAGCUUGAAUAAAUAUAUCAAACGGAUGCACGAGAUGACUUACGAUGGAUGCGUUCCAUUUAACGCUCGCAACGACGCGAGCCUCAUUUUAUUUUUGUUUAACAUCUAAUGAAUAACAAAAAUAAAAUGACGCUCGCGUCAUUGCGAGCGUUAAGUAGAACGCGCUUGUUUACGAAUGUGACAUAUAUGUUUCAAGAAGUUCAGUACAACUUUCAAUCUGAAGCGGCAUAAGCUUGUGAUCCAUAUUGACAGUUACUUUGUCUCUGCGCUUAUGGCACACAGAGGUACCUAGUAUUUCUCGAGAAUCGAUUCAGUACAUAUCGCUUUCCAAAAACAGUAAUUCUUCGAUUACGGAUCGUGGGGAAACCUAGGCUGUCAACUCAGAGAUGAUCGCAUCCAUGCAUGGAGUCGGAGUAUUCUUGGAAGUGUUCUGUAUGCGGCAUUUAAAAUUCAACGCUAACUUCGAGAAACACGGUAGACAUGUUGUAGAUGAGAGUAUACCUGCCACGAGUGUUCUUACAAGACAGAUACAAAGGAUUGUUUAAUUGAACACAUAAAAUCGAGACACAAGUCUACCGGCCAUUUCAAACAAAUAAGAAAAUCUUCAAAACGCAGGAUGACCUGGACCAUGUCUUUUGUAGGACGAUGAAUCUCGAUAAUGAAAUUACAAUCCUUAUGCAGCAUACUUCUGAACAAGAUUGUUCUUUAUGAAAUGCAGUUGUAGUUCUCAUUAAAACAUAUUAUCUAGGUUUAUAAUUUUUCUGGAAAAUUUCUUGUUAUAUUUGUACUGAUCUUGUAACAAACAUAUAGUUGUCAUAUGUUUUAAUAUUUUGAUUCAUGCUUAGUUUUGUGAUAAUUGCAACAGAAAAUCAAGAAUUAAAGGACUAAUUAAUAAAAAAUAAAUAUUUUAUAUUAUUUUGACAUUACAUUUUAUGGGAUUCUAUCCCACACAGCACAGAAGUUCAAAGAAGCUUUCAGAAAGAUUACAGAAAAUCUCAGAAAGAUUCAAUGUUUCUGAAACCUUUCUGAAAGCUUUUUGAAAUUCCUGUGCUGUGUGGCAUGUGUCUUAUGUGUCAAUAACGAAAUUACGAUGGUUGGGCAGCAAUUAUUGUUACUGGCGAAUGUUUGAGUGAUAAAAGUGAUAAAAUAUCAGAUAAAUAUAAAAAAAAUUCCAUUUCUCUCUCUCAUUUUGAAAUUUAUAAAAAACGUCACACUACACGCACCCUGCGAUCAUCUGACGAAUAUUUACGAUGCACGCACGCACACGUAAUUAUGCAUAAGAAACAUAAAACUGUCAUACGUUUUAAUAUAUUUAUUCAUUUUUGGUUGAGCGAUAAGAACGGCAGAAAAGCAAGAAUUAAAGAUCAAAUAACUGAAAACAUAACAAUAAUUAAAUUAUUUUAAUAUUAUCAUUUUUAUAAUAUUAAAUGUGUCUUACAAUAGCUCAAUUACUAUGAUUGUGAAGUGAGUGUUACGGGCAAAUAUUUAAGUGAUAAACCAUUAGAUGAAUGUAGCAGAAAUUUUCCUCCAGUAUGCUUAAUUUGUAAUUAUUAUCUUUAUGUUUUAUUUGCAUCUUAUCUCGUUAUUCAUUUUUUUUUUGUGAAAACAGGUAAUAACUUUUAAUAUUAAUUGUUUUUAUUUAUAUAAUUUUUAAUUUUCAUAUUUACGAAUCAAUCAUUACUCUUUUAUACUUUCUACUUUUCCUUUGUAGAGAAUGGGCUAUUUUGUAAAAAUAUUAUGAAGAAGAAAAGUAAAAAAAAGAUUUUAUACCAUUUGAUACUUGAAUAUAGGGAAGAAUAUUGUCGAAGACUCGGUGGCUGAAUUAGCGCCUUAUGGCACGGUGCCAGAAUGUCAGAAGCUAAGGUUGACUCUAAGCUGUGGCAAUAUCUUCUGCAACACAAAAAUUAAAAAGUUCACCUAAGGGACCUCAGUUCUCUGAAAUUCUGCAUUAUCUAAAGGAUGAUCGAAAUGAUUCAUCUAAUGAUUUCCGAGCCGUAAAGGAUGCUGAAGAUGUGGAAAAUAUGUUUGAAAUUAUAGAGGACAUCAUCCUUCGGGAAAAAUUGAAUGCUCAUGCAAAGAAUGUCGAUGAACUAUCUUGUGGUUCCUACGAUAGUGUGUUACCUCGUGAAUCGAUUCAGAACAUAUCAAUUUCCAAAAAUAGUAAUACUUCGGUUACGGAUCGUCUCGAAGCCUAUGAUGUCAACUCAGAAAUGAUCGCCUCGAUGGAGCAGAAGAACUCUUGGCCCUGCUCUGCAUGCGGCAAAACUUUCAUGUACAAGAUAUCCCUUUUGAAACAUAUAAGCUUGAAUAAUUGCCUGCAAUGCAAAAUUUGCAACCAGAAAUUUAACGUGUUAGAAGAAUUUAAACGUCACGGUUGGACGUGUCGUAGACGUCUGACGUGCCGCAAGUGUUCCUUCAAGGCAAGUACAUUGGAGGAUAUGAAUGAACACAUGAAAUCGGUACACAAUACUAUCGACGUUUUACCGAUACGUUGUGACAUAUGCUUCAAGGAUUUUUCGAGGCAGGAUAUUCUGGAGAGACAUAAGGAAACACGUCAUGUGGAUAACAUACAAUCGUUCAAAUGUGACAAAUGUGAUUGCAUCUUGAAGAACAAACGUACCCUACAGAUGCACUUAAGAAGACACACAAAGGCGAACACUUUGAUGAAAUGUUUUGCAUGCGGCAGAAAUUUCAAAAACAAGGUUCUUUUCAAGAAACACAUAAGCUUGAAUAAUUGCAUGCAAUGCCAAAUUUGCGACCAGAAGUUUGACGUGUUAGAAAAAUUUAUUCGUCACUCUAAAAUGUGUACUAAAACUGAGUAUACCUGUCGCGAGUGUUCUUACAAGACAGAUACAAAGAACUGUUUGAUUAAACAUAUGAAAUCAGUACACAAUGCUAUUGACGUUUUACCGAUAUUUUGUGACAUAUGCAUCAUGAGUUUUGAGAGGCAGAAAAGUCUUAAGAGACAUCAGGAAACAGUUCAUGCGGAAAACAUACAAUCGUUAAAAUGUGACAAGUGUGGUCUCACCUUGAAGAACAAAUAUACCCUUCAGAAACACUUAAAAAAACACACGCCAGAGGUGGACACGUUGAUGAAAUGUCCUACAUGCCGCAGAAGUUUCAAAUACAAGGUUUCCUUCGAGAAACACAUAAGUUUGAAUAAUUGCCUACAAUGCAAAAUUUGCGAUCAGGACUUUGAUGUGUUAGAAGAAUUUAAUCGUCACGGUUGGACGUGUCGUACACGUCUGACGUGCCGCAAGUGUUCCUUCAAGGGAAGUACAUUGAAGGAUAUGAAUGAACACAUGAAAUCGGUACACAAUACUAUCGACGUUUUACCGAUAUCUUGUAAUAUAUGCUUAAAGAAUUUUCCGAGGCAGCAGCAUCUGAAGAGACAUAAGGAAACAGUUCAUGUGGACACGUUGAUAAAAUGUCCUGCAUGCGGCAGAAAUUUCAAAAACAAGGUUCUCCUCGAGAAACACAUAAGCUUGAAUAAUUGCCUGCAAUGCCAAAUUUGCGACCAGAAGUUUGACGUGUUAGAAAAAUUUAUUCGUCACUAUAAAAUGUGUACUAAAACUGAGUAUACCUGUCGCGAGUGUGCUUACAAGACACAUUCAAAGAACUGUUUUAUUACACACAUUAAAUCAGUACACAAUACUAUCGACGUUUUACCGAUAUUUUGUGAUAUAUGCUCCAUGAGUUUUGAGAGUCAGAGAAAUCUUAAGAGACAUAAGGAAACAGUUCAUGCGGAAAACAUACAAUCGUUAAAAUGUGACAAGUGUGGUCUCACCUUGAAGAACAAAUAUACCCUUCAGAAACACUUAAAAAAACACACGCCAGAGGUGGACACGUUGAUGAAAUGUCCUACAUGCGGCAGAAGUUUCAAAUACAAAGUUUCCUUCGAGAAACACAUAAGUUUGAAUAAUUGCCAGCAAUGCAAAAUUUGCGAACAGAAGUUUGACGUGUUAGAAGAAUUUAAUCGUCACGGUUUGACGUAUCGUAGACGUCUGACGUGCCGCAAGUGUUCCUUCAAGGCAAGUACAUUGAAAGAUAUGAGUGAACACGUGAAAUCGGUACACAAUUUGCCACCAGAAGUUUGACUUGCUAGAAGAAAUAUAUCGUCACGAUAAGACGUGUCGUAUACCAGAGUAUAUCUGCCACGAGUGUUCCUAGAAGAUAACUACAGAGGAUUGUUUGAUUGAACACAUAACAUGGAAACACAAGACUACCGCCCCUAUGUUUCAUGAUAUUAAAAUCGCAGAGCAUUCUUAAGAAACAUAAGGAAACCGUUCACGCUAACACAUAGUCAAUAAGAAGCGAUAAGUGCGAUAGUGUCUUCAAGCACAAAUAUAACUGAAACAAACAUUAGCGCAAAGUAUACUCACAGGAAAAUUUUUUUCUGCAGAAGUUGUAAUAAGAUCUUCUAAACGCACGAUGAACUGGGCCGACGUAUCAGAUUUGAACUUGUCCGUAUUGCAAGAAGAUAUUACAAUUCACUAGUAAAGAGUCACACUUGCGGCUUGAUACACGAAUGAGAGACCUUUUUUCUGCGACGUUUACGACAACACGAGUAUUUCUAAGGGUAAUUUGUACAACCAUAUAAUGAACCAUCAUUCUGUUUCCUGAAUAGUUGGCUAUAUUCAAGGAAAGUAUCGUUUCCGUGAGUCAAAAGAAAGCAAUUAUUUAGAUCACUCAAAAGAAUGGGCAGUAGGAGAAAAAUAAUAUGUUUGCAGCUCUCUUUACGUUGCACUUUCGUGACGAAGUAUCUUUCUACGAAUGUUACUAUUAAAUUUUGUAUUAAUUUUAAUUACUUACACUGUUUUUAUAGAUUUUUAAUAGAUUAAGUGACACUCUACACGCAAAAUAAUAAGCGCGGUACUUAAGAAAGAAAUAGAGUAUGACUUUACGACGAAUUAUAUAUUAUGUAUUACGUAAUUAUAUAUUAAUUAUAUAUAAAUAUAUAUAAUUAUAUAUAUAUAUAUAUAUAUAUA